GGCCCGCAUAUAUCCCGCAUCUUCAAUUUGGUGAAUUACUUCUCUGUUUUAAUUUAUUUGACACUCUUAUUCCGAACACCUUCGCAUAAAUACAUCAUAAUUUAAGUACAAUUUUUUUAAAAAAAUUGUUCAAAAAAGCCAUAGACAAGCUUGAAAUCGAGUUUUUGUUGGGUAAAAAUGAUACAGUCUGUUUGUGUUCGGGCUUCAGCUCUGCAAUUGCCACCCAUUAAUUCUCACAGAAAUGCCGCAAUGACUGACAGUUUUGCAAUUAAUGCUCAAAAUCUUAGCUAUUCAGUUGUCUCAAGACAAGGAAAAUUACUUCCAAUUCUUAAAGAUUGUUCACUACAAGUUCCUUCUGGACAAUUCUGGAUGCUUUUGGGACCUAAUGGUUGUGGAAAAUCAACCCUUUUAAAGAUAUUAGCAGGUCUAUUGAGUCCAGAUGAUGGUUUCUUGUAUGUGGAGAGGCCAAGGAGCUUUGUGUAUCAGAAUCCUGAUCAUCAGGUCGUGAUGCCAACAGUGGAAGCUGAUGUUGCUUUUGGUCUUGGUAAAUUGAACUUAACACCAAAUGAAAUUAAGACUAGGGUGGCAAAAGCUUUGGAUGCAGUUGGGAUGUAUGAAUAUUUGAAAAAACCAGUUCACACUCUUAGUGGUGGCCAAAAACAAAGGGUUGCUACAGCUGGUGCUUUGGCGGAAGCUUGCAAAGUUUUGUUACUUGAUGAACUGACUACUUUUUUGGAUGAAACUGAUCAGAUUGGAGUGAUAAAAGCAAUGAGAAACUCUAUGGAUACAUCUCAAGGAAUUACCGCAUUGUGGGUAACUCAUCGCUUGGAAGAACUCGAGUUUGCAGAUGGUGCAGUGUACAUGGAAGAUGGAAGGAUCAUUCGACAAGGUGAUGCAACUAGUAUAAGGAAGUUCAUUGAAGAUAAACUGGCAUCUUAUGUCAACCAAAUAAACUUGUAACCACUUUUCCUCAAUGAAUCCUGUACGUGCUGAUGCGGAUCCAGAAUUUGAACAUUAUGCGUUCAAGUUCAGGAUUUUACCACAUCACAUUUGAUUUACAGAAUCAAAAUCUGUUAUUUGUAUGUAUUU